CCUAUGUUCCCUUAGUCCUAUGUUCCCUCAUUUCUAUAAAAUGUUCCUCCCAUCAAAAUUAGGCCCUAUUUGGUUAGGGUGAGGGAACACAGGGCUGAGGGGAACACAGCAUCUGAAAAAGAAACUCAACGUUUUAGCUUUGACUUUAUUAAUAAGGAUGUUUUCUGUAAAUAGAUCAUGAAAAACUAUUGAUGACACACAUUUAUUUAGUUUAUGCUUCACCCACCAGGGCUGCCCUGCCUCCUGUUACCAGGACACCCAAGAGGCAGAGCGACCUUCCUCCUCCUCCUCCUCCUCCUGUGCUCUCAGUGGAAGAGGAGGGGCGGGGGCGGCUCAGUGUGGCCCCCACCAUGAGGCCAGUUUCUCCCCAGACCCGACAGGCUCUCUACCAGGACUCCUCUCCGCACGGGAAAGGGCGGAGCCUGUACCUGCAGAGGCGGGGCCAGAUGAGACCGGAGGAGAAGUUUGAUUUUCCUCUGCUCUCGUCCUGGGAUUACGGUUGGAGGCUUGGUGACUACACCCUGGACUACAGAACUCCAUCCCGGGCCAGGUCGUCGGUGGUGAGGAACACCUUCUACGCCAGGAACGGCGUGUUCAGCAGCCCGUCCGCCACCGACACGCUUGGCUGACGCUCAGAUGUUUCGGAGGUCCGGGUGUCGCUCUGCAGUGAGAUCCAAGGGCGACCAAUCAGGAGGAACUGGACGUCCUUGUGGAUUCCUGAAGACUUGAUGGCUUCCUCACUUUGAAACUGAAGGAGCCUCUAGGAUGAGACGCGACGCGUCUUCAAGAAUCUGCAAACAAGUCCAGUUGCUCCUGAUUCAACACUUUAGUCUUCUGAGAGUUUGCAGCAGCUAAAGACAUUUUGUUUUAAUCACCAAAUUUCACAACGGCAACUCUUUGGGCGCAUGAUACAAGAUCUGGGCAUUUGGAAUCGCUAUAGCAACGUUAGGUGGAUCUCUGGCAACCUUCCAUUCUUUUUCUUUGCUUUUAUGAAGUUAAUAUUUCUGUGUUUUGAGUGAUUUGAUCCAGUUUUCCCUCCUGCGACAAAGUGUUUGCUGUAUUACAUGAAACACAAUUCACAAAGAAAAACCACACCCGGAAAUCUUGAACAUUAGAACUUGGAAUUAAAUUCAUGUCCGGUUGAACUUGUGUUUACCAGUAACUUCGCUCAGAGACACAAACGUCGAAGGGUUUUGCAGGUAGAUUUGGAUGAAAACAACAGGGAAUCUCCCGUGUUAUUCCUCCUUUAACACGUGAACAUACAUUAGAACUCUGUAAAAAUCAACAAUAUACUAAAAUAUUGGCAUAUACAGGGUAAGUGUAUGUCUCGGGUUAGAAGGCGAUGAGUUGCACACUAGUUCCCAACGGCAACUCUUUGGGCGCAUGAUACAAAAUCUCGGCAUUUGGAAUCGCUAUUGCAAAGUUAGGAGGUGAUUCUCUGGGAAGCUUCCAUUCUUUUUCUUUGCUUUUUACGAAGUUAAUAUUUCAGUGUAUUGAGUGAUUUGAUCCACAUUUUCCUCCUGCUCAAAAAGGAACAAGUGUAAGAGCAGUGAUCGGUCAGAUUUAAUAAAUCCGGAAGCGUGAGACAUUUUUUGAAGGUGUUGUCCAGUCAGGUUACUUCCUGUAACGGUGUCCGUUUACCGUCCACUCGGCUGUUGAGGUUAAAAUGUCUCGUAACAUGACACUGCCCGAUGGAUAAUGAAUGAGCCCCUGUCCUGGUAUCAGUCAGAAACCGUCUGUUCGACCGCACACACCUGAUACCUCAGUGUUUCUGCACAGUGAGGAAAUGUUACACACCACAACCAUAAAUAAAUCAUUUC